CAGCAUUGCUGAAAACUGCAAACAUGGAUACUCAUGCAUCAAAGAUCUUUUUGUUGUGUUUGAAUAAACCUUGUCUCUUCUCUUUGUUAUCCAUUUCUGUCACCCACAGAUUGACUGCUUAUAGAACAUUUUUGGGCAAGUUGAAAAAACCCUGCUGAGCCUGUGAUCAGUCAUGGCAGACUGGAGCCUGCUGGGGAACUUCCUGGAGGAAGUACAGGAGCACUCUACCUCUGUUGGCAAGGUGUGGCUGACCAUCCUGUUUAUCUUCCGUAUCCUGGUACUGGGGACUGCUGCUGAGUCUUCGUGGGGAGACGAACAGGAAGAUUUCGACUGUGACACUGAACAACCAGGCUGUGAGAACGUCUGUUAUGACCGAGCGUUUCCUAUAGCGCAUAUACGAUACUGGGUGCUCCAGAUCGUGUUUGUGUCCACUCCCAGUCUGAUCUACAUGGGCCAUGCCAUGCACACUGUCCGCAGAGAGGAGAAGAGGAGGGACAGAGAGGAGGAGUCAGGUGAAGGAGGGAGAGAAGCAGAUCCAGGUGGGGGAGAAGGAGGAAGAGGAGAGAAACAGGGGCGGAAAGGAGAGAGGGACGAAGAAAAGGAUAAGAGAGAUGGUCCAUCUGCAGGGCGGAUCCGUCUAAGAGGAGCGCUGCUACAAACCUACAUACUGAGUAUACUGAUCCGAAGCAUCAUGGAGGUGGUGUUUCUGUGUCUCCAGUACUUUUUGUAUGGAAUCUUCCUCAAUCCUCUGUAUGUCUGCAAGGCCUGGCCAUGUCCUCAUCCAGUCAACUGCUAUGUGUCCAGACCCACAGAGAAGAACGUCUUCAUAGUGUUCAUGCUGGCUGUGUCAGCCGUCUCUCUGGUCCUCAGUGUGCUCGAACUGCACCACCUGGCAUGGAGGCAUUGCUGCAGGCGGUACUUCAACACAAGGAAGGACGUCGCUCCUGCUAAUUCUUCACUAGUGCGACAGCUCUCUCUAUCUCCUCCACCACCAUCAACUCCACCUCCAGACUUCAACCAGUGCGUCAUUGGCUCCUCACACUUCCUGUCGCUCCCUUUCCCCAACCACCGUCUGGCCAACCAACAAAACUCAGAGAACAUGGCCACAGAGAAGCAUAAAAUGGCCACCGCUGUGGAAGAUGUCAACCUCCUUCAGAUUAGUUGCUACACCCCGGGAUGGCAGGAGACCAGUACCCGUCAGAUCCAAGAUGGAGGAUACAUGAGGACAGACACUAACUGCUUCAGCCCUGGGAGUAGGGAGAUUGACUGCCCUCAGAUCCAAAAUGGCGGCCCAGAUGGGCUGUUGCUUUGCUCGAAUGGAGGGCUCUGUCAGAAGGACAAGCGAAGGUUUAGCAAAACAAGUGGAACAAGCAGUCGCAUAAGAGCAGACGAUCUCUCUGUUUAGGAAAAACUUUGAGUCAACCAUCCACACACCUGCAAAAUGCAUUAUUUUCUCUUAUGGUUUCAUACAGGCAAAUAAUUCAAUAUGAUAAUGACCUAAGCCAGCUGGAGGAAACAGAGCUUAUCCAUUUGGCAUGAACAAUGACUCUGUUUUGAAGUUUUGUCUUGACUCUAUUUGAAGUGGGUGAAACUUUGCUCUGUGACCUGAUGAAGAGACUUUUCCUUCUGAUGCUUUACUUCCAUUUAAUGAGAGGGAAAAAAACAAAGGGCUUAAAGACUGCACGACAUAGAACUCCUGACUGACAACUAUCAGACGCUGAUGUUUUCAGAUUGCAUUGUUUAAGUGAAAAUACAGAGUCAGUGCACAUUUAUCUGUAGAAUCAUGUUUAUGGUGAUGAAAAUGAAAAAUGUCUCCAGAUUUUGUGAUUUGAACACUUUUUCUAAGAGAUGGAUGGAUAAUACCAAAGCUCCAAUUUUAUUUAUUUUUUGGUGAAUUUCACUGUUUCAAUACAAAGUGUUGAAGCUUGUCGAUGAUAGUCACAUCAGAAGCUUCAAACAUCUUAGCUUUGGAAAUUGCUGCAUCAGCUUCACAGUUUUGAAAGUUAUACAGAUAAACUGUGAUUGGCGCAUUUGUGAGAUAAGAGAAGAGAAUAACAGGAUGCACAUUACAAAGACCUACCAUCAUCUCACCUACCAUCAUGUUACAUUUUUGGGCUGUUGGACCACGGAAAUUAUUUUAGUGCAUCAUAAUGCAUAAUGGUAUCUUUUUUAUGCAGUAUGACUAUAAGAAGGUAUAGAUUUGUUGCAUAAAGCACAGACUUCUUGGACUCAUAGGCCUACAUUUGGUUAAAACUGUGAAUAUCAGCAAGAUGUAGGGGUCUUCAGUCACCUUAGCUAGCCAUACCAUAAUAGAAUAAUACAGCUUUGAUCCCUGAUUUUCAACAAAAACUAAACUGGAGAAAAUACUGAAACAAUGGGCAUGAAAAACCGUAUUAAUGACUAAGUAUAAAAAAUUUGUUUUAGCACCAUAGAUAAUGAUUGAACUAUAAUGAUCCUAGCAACUAGAGGUAACGCUGCAGUUCUGGAAGCUGUGCUAGCUACUGUAGGUAUCGAGGCAGCUUUGUUACCGGCUCUUACACUGGCAGCUUGAUGAGCCAACCAUUGCUGUAAUAAGGGCUCCUGUUUUAGUUUUACAUUUACCAGAUGCCACUGUGUUUGAGUCAGAAGCUGCAAACCUUUGCAACUUGUUUUGACACAGAUACAAAGAAAAAUUAAAGCUUUGUGAGCUUUAUCUGCCCAUCACUUUUUUUUUUUUUUUAUUACUUCAGCUUUGUUGUCACUUGUCACAAAAUUGAAAUCUCUCAUUCAUUAGCUAUAAGCUGAUUAUCUACAUAUCUGAAGUUAAAUGAAGUUCAGCAGAUUCCUGUUUGUAUUGAACAGCCAUUAAAUCAGUUACACAGACACAUUUUUCUUUGUAUGAGAUCAUAAGCUUUAAUGAUCACAUUUUAUCUCUGUUCAUGGAAGCAGGUUUUUUGUGUAAGUUGGAUGCAGUUGAGUGGUUGCUGAUCACUCAGGACUGGCAGAUUCUGCAUCCUAAGUAAACAUUCACUAUAAAGGAUGGCUUAUGACCAAUGUUUCUUUGUAUGUACAUUUUUUGAGUGAAAAUACUUCUGUGAUAGUUUGGGAUCUGUUUAGGUUGACUGCUUGUACUGCAGAUACUUUACACUGUCUGUAAGGGCUGCUCUACUCUACGAGCUGAUGUUGUAAAACAAAGUGUUCUUUAUCGGCUGCUCUCUACAUCUGACUGAUGGACAGAUCUUUAAUCUUUAAAGGAAAUCAUCACCUCAGCCUGUGUAAGUCACUACACUGUGAGUGUUGGAAACAUUUUGAUGCCCAAAGCAACCAAAGUUUGACCUGUGAACUGAGCCUGAACUCACUGAUUUACUUGCUGAAACUGAAACUGACUAUUGUCACACACAGUGACUACUUUAAUCUCAAGUAAAGUGGCAGGGACGAGAACUUGUUUUAUUUUGAUAGUGUCAUUGUUAUUAUCACUGAAACAUGUCUACAAUCAUUUUGACUUCAACAUGUGUGACAUUUUUUUGGCAUCUUCACACCACCUUGUCUUUACAAUGUCUUCACAUUAUCAAAUCUGUUGUUCAGAUUUAGUUUAGUUUUUGUGACACCAUUGUAAGUUUGAAUAACUGAUCAUGAAUUUCUGCACUGUAAUGGGAUUUAAUUUUUUCUUCCACUUUCAUAUCCAUUGUGUUGAUUGCAAUCCUAGAUGGAAGAGAGUGUUAUGUGCAAUAGUAUCACAACGUAAUGGUAAGAGGAGAAUGGCACAUUUUGCCAAAUUUCAGUGGUUUCUGCUGACAUUGGUGAUUUAAAGUUGUUGGAUAUUUCCUGUAUUGUAGUUUCCCAUUAAUGACUCCACUGCAGUAAUGUGAAUGCUGUAACAUGUUACAGAUAAAACUAUGCAACCCAA